CUCGUUGCUGUAGUCGCUCGCUUCACUCGCACAUUUUGCCAUCAGUCGUUGGAGUCACUCCGCCGGAUUUCACUGCUUUUGUUUUUUUUGUACCAGAACAACUGCUGUUUUCUUGUUCUUUUUUUUGUGGAAUAUAAAUAAACGCUAGCAGUGGAAGAGUUUGUCACUUUUCUGUGCCGCUUUUACUGCGAUCGACAUGAAGAAACGCGGAAUAAAGCGUCCAAAGUGGCUGAAGGACUGAAUAGGCCUCCUGCUCUCACUCCACCACGCACCAGCAAGUUUGGAAGCAGAGCUGCGAUGGCCAAGUGGCUGAAAGACUACCUGAGCUUUGGCAGCAGGAAGGUUCCCCCUCAGCCGCCAACACCAGACUACUCAGAGAGCGAGAUCCUCAAAGCCUACCGGCUCCAGAGGGACCUGGACUUCGAGGAUCCCUACGAAGACUCGGAAAACAGGUCCAGGGGCGAGUCCGGGACUCCUGACCCCUCCACACCUCUGUAUGGGUCUCCCAUGAAGUCCUCCAGUGUGGACGUAAAAUCCCCCAAACACAGACUGAUCAAAGUGGACUCCCAGGAGCUUGGGCGCACCAAGAUCCUCCUCAGUACUGUCUCUUUGGAGGACCAGCAAGAGCCUGUGGUGCCGUCUGCUCCGUUGGCCGGCGACACAGAUUAUUCCGACCCAUUCGACGCUCGCAUGGACCACAGGUCAGAACCAGAUCUCAGACCUGUUCCCUGUGAGAACAACGGCUACAUGGAGCCCUAUGAGGCCCAGAGGGUCAUCACAGAGCUGCAGCGCGGUCCAGGAGGAGGCCGGUCGCGGGGCGGGGUGCAGCUCUACGAUACCCCCUAUGAAUAUGAGGGGGUCCAGCGACCAGGUCUGUUGUACGGAGACCCUCAGGAGGAGAGCAAGGAGAGCAGCAGGCUGCCGCAGGACGACGAGAGACCGGCUGAUGAAUAUGACCAACCCUGGGAAUGGAAAAAGGAUCACAUCUCCAAGGCUUUUGCAGAGAUGAGGGAGUUGUCGGAGUUGCCCUGGCCUUCCCCGGUGGGUCAGCUGGAGGAGGAGCCCACCGUCAGAGAGCCAGCGCAGUUUGAUGGCGCAGAGUGGGACCGCUCCUCGUCGCCCACGGAGCGGUUGCGUCCGGCGGGGCCACGGUCCAGCCCGCUGGCAGGAGGGGGGAUGAAGUUUCGAAUGCCCCAGGAAGGCCUCACCAUGGUGGGGGAGAGAGUGGACCCUACUCUGCCUCUGGAGAAGCAGGUAUGGUACCACGGUUCACUGUCGCGUUCAGAGGCAGAGUCGCUGUUAACGCUGUGUAAAGAAUGUAGCUACCUGGUGAGGAACAGUCAGAACAACCGCUCUGACUACUCCCUGUCCCUACGGAGCUGCCAGGGUUUCAUGCACAUGAAGUUCACCCAGUAUAAGGACGGCAAGUACGUGCUGGGACAGAAUAGCCCUCCCUUUGACACCAUCCCAGAAGUCAUCAACUUUUACACCACGCACAAACUCCCGAUCCGAGGCGCCGAGCAUCUGUCUCUGCUGUUCCCCGUGCUGGUGCAGACGCUCUGACGCUCCCUCUGGACCUCUCGGACGUCAUUGUGAUCGGACACGUAAAGCUUGAAUGUUUGAUGGGAUCUUCCCAGCCGAGAGCCCACGCUCUCUCUUUUUGCUUGACUGGACUACAAGAAGAGAGAAAUGGACUACUUUUGGUGACUCAACGCGCCGGGGGCUAAUGCCCUCACCCACCACUGCUGUUGUACUUGUACCAAGUGUCUCUAACAUCCAGGGGAUCAAUUCACAUGAAAUGCAAUACCUGAACUCCAGGCAGCCUUUGCUGUAACUUUUCUCUCUCUCUCUCUCUCACUCUCUCAUUUCCUUAUUGAACUGAGGGGGCUGACUUCAGGACAUGUUAAAAUUCUCCCUUUCUUUAUUACAUGUCUUUCACAGCUGACUGGAGUGCAGAGGAAAUGAGCAGAGCUGUAGCUGGAAGAAAGUCUGUGUAUUCUGAAUGUACUGAUGCCCCAGUUUAUGGGAGAUUUAGAUUGAAUUACUGCUGUUCCACAAAAAACACCUCAUUGACACUGAUAAAAUAAAUAUUGCUGUUGUAAGGUGAAAACCUCAUUUUUCAUGUUUAUAUGAAUCAGUAGAUUAAAUUGUCCUGUAUAAAAUGAGAAAACUUUUUACAUCUUGGGAGACCAUGUUGGAAAUUGUUGGAAAAUUCACAUUUUCCAUAAAAAAGAAAUGCUAUUUUCAAAGAUAUAAGGUUUUUACCAACAGCAGUUAUAUUUCGGAUGCUUUUCUACACCUGCUUAACUUCACCCAGUCUGUUCUGCACCGUCAUGCUGCUGUACGUUGAGGAUUUGCUUGACACAUCUCCAUGUUACUUGUUUGGUUGUUUGUUACUCUUGAGAAACAGAAAAGCUGUGUUGUAUUGGUACUCGUGUUGACCUCGCUGACCUGGAUCUCUUGUUGUUUGCUUGCGUUGCAUUUGGUUGACAAUGCUGGUUUUGUAAAAAAAAGAAGAAAAAAA